AGGGCUUAUCCUCCUGAGGUUGACUUCCCCACUGCCACUGCUCAGAGCAGAAGCUGAGAGACAGAGAAAGAGAAGCCCCAGCCUGGUGUGAGGGAGUAAUGAGAGAACCCGGGGGGACCCAGGUCAAACAACAGUAAGGACUUCCUAACACCCAGACACUGUGACACAAAUAUGCACCACCACCACAACCACCUUCAGCUGCCUGGCUUCCGGGGGAGGAACAAUUGUCUUAGGCUUUCCAUGACGCGAGUCCUCUGCUAGGGCUAGGGCUGUCGGUAAAGCCGCAUUUCCUGCUCCAGGGGCUGGGGUGAGAGGGGAACUGCUGAGUGUGCACACCUUUCCAGAGCGCAGACACAUACCCUGCCUCUGGGGCUCCAACUCAGGCUGCCGCCACGGAGUUCCCCCUGGCCCAGAUAGGCCCCCACGGGAGUCACAAAAUCCCAACCCCAACCUCCAGUACCUUCCAGCCCAUGGACUUGACCUACAAAAGCUGCCAGGGCCUGGGCUUGCUUCCAGUGCCCAGAUUCCAGGCCCUGAAGGCUGAGGAGGCCCAGUUCAUCCCUACAGCCCCGGAUGUCCACGCUGGGGCGUCUUCGCAGGCCCUGGGGGCUGCCCCCAGCCCAGAAGACACUGGAAGAGCUGAGGAGGUGCCUAGGGAAGGAGGCCAAUCCCUGCAGGCCGAGACCCGGGCUUGGUUCCAGAAGACCCAGGCCCAAGGGCUCCUGCAGCACGGGGCGGCCCCUCCUUGGUUCCACGGCUUCAUCACCCGGAGGGAGGCCGAAAGGCUGCUAGAGACCAAGCCGGAGGGUUGCUACUUGGUGCGGUUCAGCGAGAGCGCUGUGACCUUCGUGCUGACCUACAGGAGCCGGACUUGCUGCCGCCAUUUCCUGCUGGCCCAGCUCGGGGACGGACGCCACAUGGUGCUGGGCGAGGACAGUGCCCACUGGCGCCUGCAGGACCUGCUGCGGCACUACACGGGGUCCCCUCUCAGCCCCUACGGGGAGACGCUCAGCCAGCCCCUUGCCCGCGAGACUCCUGAGCCUGCAGGACUUUCCUUACGGACUGAAGAAUCAGACUCUGGAAGCAAAAGCCAGGACCUGCACCUCCAGUACAGCCCAGUUCUCAAAAACGAGAAUCCCAGAGCCCCCACACAGAAAGAGGGGAACUGCGAGCCAAAGGAGCCCCCUAGGCCCAAGCCUCCUGUCCCCGCCAAACCUCAGCUACCUCCGGAAGUCUACACAAGCUCGACUCCACGACCUCGCCCAGCUGUGCCCCCCAAGCCCUCCAACCCCAUCUACCACGAGCCUGAUGAACCCAUAGCCUUCUACGCCAUGGGCAGGGGCAGCCCUGGGGAAGCCCCCAGCAACAUUUAUGCUGAGGUGGAAGCGGCGGUGCCCUCAGGGAGUAAGGGCCCACCAUGCAUCCUCCAGCACCCGGUCCUCUGGAAGUGCCGGUCCAGACCUGUCCCAGGAAGCCAGUUUCAGGCCCCUUCUGGUCAUCUCUUAGCAGAACUUUUCCAAGAACUUCCUAACUCUUCUCUAACCACCAGACCUGCCACUUCUGAUCCACUCUGCCCCAAGGAAGCCAGAAUGGUCUUUCUGAAACAGCUGCCUGGCCCAAUCCAGGUGGCCGGCAACUGUGUUCUGAAAAUUCUGUGGCUGAACAAGGCUCUCUCGUGUCCCACCAGCCCCUGCCUCUCUGGGGACACAGCCUCCCUCAUACCCUUCCUAGACAGGUGCUUCAGGACAGAGGACAGGCGUGUCUCUCCCUGGGGCCUCCUCAGUAGCCGGUGAUUCUGAGCGAGGAUGACCUGGAACAUCUGGUCCAGAGACUUCACACACACCCAGGUGUGCUUCUCGGGAAAUGUGGAUGGAACAAACUAUAGGUGAUCAGAGCUGGAAAGGACCUCAGCGCCAUCUAUUGCAAAGAUGGCAAAAAGGUGUCACCUUGUAUGCCAACACCAAUCCAUUGGUCUUUGCUGCCCAGGUCACUGCAUUGGAAAAGCUGUUAAGGUCAUAUCUGAAUUCAGCAGAAAAGAGCACCGUGAUUGAUUAGUGAUGUCUGCUAUGGGUGAGGGAAGGAAGAGGAGCAGCUUCUAUUUUUGCCCUUCCCGAUCAAGUCCAACUGUCUCACUGUGCAGAUAAGUAAACGAAGCCAGAGUGGGCUAGUGACUUGCAGAGGUCAAGGACUAGAACCCAGGCCUGAUUUCCUGGUUUGGAGCUCUGUUCCUGACCCCACAUCCACUAGCUCUUCACAGGAAAUGUCAGAAAUUUCCUGAGAUAGGAAAUUUGGCUGUUCUCCAGAGUUCUACCACAUUGGGUCCUGGGUGCUGGAUCCUUUCCUCAGACCCCACCAUAGCCCUGUUACCCUGUAGGGCUGGGAUCCCACAAAAAAGCCUAGAAGUCAGAAGAGCAAAUGUGGAAUCCACUCCCUGUUAGGGACACACCCACUGGUUCCCCCACAGACUCCUCAGUGCUUGGCGCUCCUGUGAAGAUGUGGGCUAGCAGGGCCCUGCUGCCUCCCGCUGCCCUGGCCUCUCGCGGAAUCUGAUUUCCUUGGCCCUCUGAGCCUUUGGGCCUGGGCCCUGGUCCAAUGCUGCUGUUGUCUGAGGGUUGGUUUGGCGAGAACAGAUGUUAGAACUUAUUUGUUGAUUCUUGUCUGGCUAAUAAAUCAUCGCCAACCACUUCCCCCUACAGGGAUCCAAGUA